AUGGGGAAUCCAAAGCAGAAGUGGACUUCUGAGGAAGAAGAAGCCCUGCGCGCCGGCGUUGCCAAACACGGUGCCGGAAAGUGGAAGAACAUUCAAAGAGACCCCGAGUUCAACCACCUCCUCUUUUCUCGUUCCAACAUUGAUCUCAAGGAUAAAUGGCGGAAUUUAAGUGUUGCCAAUGGCCUAGGGUCGAGAGAUAAAUCAAAGACAACCAAGGGAAAGGCCAGUCCUGUUGAUACUCCUACUAUUCUGUUGCCCAAUGCACAUACCCCGAUUUCUAUUACUCCAAUGUCACAGAAUGCAUCAACAGAUGUAGUUAUGGAAGAUUCUUCUAGGCUCUUUCCAGAAGGGAAUAAUGCAUCAAGGUACAAUGCAAUGAUAUAUGAAGCACUUUCGACCCUUAAGGAGCCAAAUGGAUCAGAUUCUAAUACAAUUGCUAAUUUUAUUGAGCGAAGAAAUGAGGUGCCCCAAAAUUUCAAAAGGCUAUUGAGUUCUAGAUUAAGAAGGCUUGUGCAACAGGACAAACUUGAAAAGGUACAGAAUUGCUUCAGAAUGAAAACAGAUUUCGUGCCUGCCAUGAAAACCCCUACUACAAAGCAGAAUUCACUACCGAGACAGGCACAGAGCAUUGGACAUCUCGGGGAUACAGUGGAAGAAGCAGCAGUUUCUGCUGCCUAUAAAAUUGCAGAAGCAGAAAACAAAUCUUUUGUGGCAGCAGAAGCUGUCAAGGAGGCGGAGAGGGUCUCAAGGAUGGCUGAAGAGAUGGACACACUGCUUCAGUUUGCAGCUGAUAUUUUCGAUCAAAGUUCAGGUGGUGAAAUCUUGCUGAUAGCAUAG